GUCAACUUGUCGAGGCCAUUUGAACGUAUACAGGUCGUCCAUUCCUGAGUUAAUUGUCAGUUUACACUCUGUGUAUUCGCUAACAACAGCUUAAGGUAUAAGAAAAUUUUCUGACGUAUAGACUAUUGAAGCGGUCCGGCGCUUUUUAGUUGGUUUUGAUGGAACGAUCUUUACCUCCUUGUUAUAGACUUCUCCACACGUCGGUAUUACGAAAUGACUUCCGAAGACUGGCAAUAUACAUUCUCCUGCUUACUUACUUUUGCUACACACUUUAUCAUGCCUCACGAAAACCCCUUAGCAUUGUUAAGACGGUUCUUCAUCGUUCCGGCGUAAAUGGACAACUAAGAACUGUUGGUUUCACUUCUGACGGCUGGAAACCGUUUGAUUCUGACAAUUGGAGUCAGUUACUGGGUGGCCUUGAAUAUAUUUAUUUGUUUGUUUAUGCAGUUUCAAUGAUUCUAAGUGGCUUUCUUGCAGAAAGAGUCAAUUUAAGAUACUUCUUAUCUAUCGGAAUGUUUCUUAGUGGAGUUUCAACUUUUGCAUUUGGACUGGCUUCAUACUUUGAAAUUCACUACUACUCAUACUUCGUCUUUAUACAGGUGUUUUCUGGUUUUGUUCAAGCUUCUGGAUGGCCGGCUGUUGUUACUCUGGUGGGAAAUUGGUGGGGCAAAAGCAGACGGGGACUUAUUAUGGGUCUUUGGAAUUCUCAUACAAGUUUAGGAAAUAUCAUAGGUUCCGUCAUUGCCGGAAUCUAUGUUGAAACAAACUGGGGGGCUUCUUUUUAUCUCCCCGGUCUUAUCAUGAUGGUUGGGGCGUUGGUUGUCUACCUGACAGUUAUAGAGCAUCCUAACAUGGUCUAUAACUCGGCUAGUUCCGAAAAAACAGGUACUCAAAUUCCAAUGUCAGGAAGCAUAUAUAGGGGAAACAUCGACCGCGAAAGGUCAGACAAAGAUGGUUUGAGGCCUUUAAUAUCGGAUAUCGAGGCCACUCGACCAAUUAAUUUCAUUGAAGCUCUUCUAUUACCAAGUGUGUUUACCUACUCACUCUUAUUAUUCUUUACGAAACUUGUCUCAUAUACAUUUCUUUAUUGGUUACCAAACUACUUAACCAUUGUUGAACAUGUGUCAGCUGAACAGGCUGCUAAACUUUCUGUGUUGUUCGAUGUUGGUGGCAUAAUCGGUGGUGUAUUGAUAGGAUGGUUUAGUGAUAGUCAGUCAAAUGGACAAAAUCUCAACGAAGAUGAAAAAACAAUAAAAAAACGUGCACUUGCUUGUCUUGUUAUGCUAGCUUGUGCGGCACCUUUGCUAUUAGCUUAUCGUUCUAUGACUUCUGCGAACUCGCUGAUGUCGUUAAUUUUACUUACAUGUUGCGGUUCUGCAAUCAACGGACCUUAUGCAUUAGUUACAACUGCUGUAUCUGCCGACUUAGGUACUCAGUCGGCCUUGCUAGGACGAACUCGUGCUUUGGCUACAAUUACAUCUAUUAUUGAUGGAAUGGGAUCAUUGGGUGCUGCGUUAGGUCCACUUCUGACCGGUUUACUAGUUCCAUAUGGUUGGUCUGUCGUAUUUGCUAUGCUUAUCACAUCCGAUCUACUGGCCAUGUUAAUGUCAAUAUGGAUUGUCGUUAAUUCAAGUCGUCGUCAAAAUCGUCGAACAUAUUAUCGACUUCAAUCAACAAUUCCUAUUUAA